AUGAAUCACCACAGUUGGGAUGCUUACAGCAAAAGUUAUUUAAACAUUUAAAAAAAUCCAGCAUCAUUUUAACUAUCCUUGAUGAACAUGUUGAGAUUUGAAGAAGCAGAGGAGUAAUAAUUAUAAAUUAAUUUUAGUAUUUUAGAUGCAGGAUGUGCAGGUGGACAAUUACAUUAAUACAUCUUACAAUAAAGGAAAAAGAAUUGUAAAUUGACUGGAUGCGAUUAUUCUAUUGAAAUGGUCAAACUAGCCACAGCAAGAAUGCUUAAAUUUUUAAAUAAUCCACUCCAAGGAGGAAUUUCAGAAAUCAGCCCUUAAGAUGUUGAAAAUGUUGAUCUAAGUAUAUUGGAUAUAUCAUCAUUAGAUAGUCCAUUGUUAGAAUAAAACAACUAUAAAAUUUUUCAAGGAGAUGUCCAGUCAUUACCAUAAUUGAAUAAUAAUUAAUUUGAUAUCUAUAUAUCAAAUAUGGUGCUACAUUUAGUUGAGAAUAAAGAUUAAGCAAUAUAGGAGGCUUUCAGAAUACUAAAGCCUGGAGGCAAAAUAGGAAUUGUAAUUCCAGUUGUUUCUGGAAAUUUAAUGAUGCAUACAUUGACUAAAUGCUUCAUAGAAUCUGGUUUAAUUAAAGAAAUGCCAUUUAAACCAACAGAUUUUGAAAAUCGAGAAGGAAUGAUAAAUUUCAUAAGUAAACAUGGUUUCAAAGAUAUAGGUAUAUAAAUAGAAUGAUUAAUUUAAAUAGUAUGUUGGAAUCAAACAAUUCCGUUUGAUCUUUUUGAUAUUGAUGAUAAUUACAUUUUCCCAUAAUUUAGAGAAAUUCUAGAUAAAGCUCCAAAAGAAUAAGUCGAUUAAUUCUAUGCAUUAUUCAAAUAAGAAGUAUAAAAUAGAUUGGCUUUAAAUCUUCCAUUUACAGUUGAAUCAAUGUCUUUGAUAGCAAAAAAACCAUCAUGA